CUUCCAGCGCGACGUAUCUCUCUAUUCUCUCCUCGUGUUCAGACGCCGCCCCCGACGUCUCUCUCGACUGCUCUCUCCUCUCUCUCCAUCUCUCUCAAUUCGCUCUAUCUCUUCUCCCAGUUGCGCCGCAGCUUGUCGUGCACCGCCGCUGCCAAGGCCUUGCUCCACAGGCUCAGCCGCCGCAAUUCCUUGCCGCCGUGGUUGCAGCUUCUUCACGCUGCUCCUCCCGAGCACGAGCACGAGCACGCCGCCAAGCCACUCCACCUUGACACUGUAUUAACUCGUCGACACGGACGCCGCUUUGCCUCGCCGAUGACUUUGAUGGUUGUGAUAGUUGAAAUAGAUGGCACGUGACAAGAUUAUAAGAGAAAUGUGAGAUAAGUGUCAGGUGGCAUAAAUGGCUUGGUUAAAAGGGUUCACCCCCGGGCUUCCAUCUGCAACAACACCCACAAACACAAACCUACCUCACGGCCCGGGACCACUAUGCACAGCCCCACCGACAGCUAGCACCGUUUAUUCUGCAGUACAUUCACCAGCACACCUUUGAACCUUUGAACACCAAGGAACCCGCGUCACACCAACUUCAAGGGAAUCUCUUUCUACCCUGUAGCUGUCACGAAACCCUGUUUCUGGAGCUUUAUGAAUCGCCUGUUUUAGUGAAGUAAUUAAAACAAGGAUGUUUACCAAUGAACAGAGACAAGGAGAGCAAAUGGGAAGAUAUGGAACUCCAAGGCUGCAAUAUCUUCAAGAAUUGGUAAGCCAGUUUCAGAGUUCUACUGAUGAAGAAACAAAAGAGAAAAUUGGUGCUAACCUGGCAAACUUUGCUUAUGACCCUUACAAUUAUACAUUCUUGCGCCAGCUCAAUAUUUUGGAGCUUUUUCUUGAUUGCAUAACAGAACCCAAUGAGAAGCUUGUGGAAUUUGCUGGUGGGAUAUGCAAUUCCUGCGCUGAUCCGUUGAAUGCUGCAAUUGUCACUCAGUGUGGUGGGAUUCCUCUUAUUGUUCAAUGUUUAUCAAGCCCUGUUAGAAACACUGUGAACUAUGCACUUGGGAGUCUUUAUUAUCUCUGCAACGCAUCUAACAGGGAAGAAAUUUUAAAGCCGGAAGUGAUUGAUCUCAUCAGGAGGUAUGCUGAUGCUGAAGCGGUUAGUGUCAGCUUUAGUAAUUUGGCCAAGGCAUUUUUGGACAAACAUGUUAGAACGAGUGAGACUAAUAAGCCUGCUCUCCCCUAAUGAAUUAACUGCUACUGGAGGUC